CACACUAGGCGACGCACAUUAAAAACACAAUUCCGCUAAUUGUAGAAUAAAAGAAAUAGAAUUAGGCAAAAUUUAGGUGUGCAAAGUGUUUAGGGACCCCACUGAAGAUGUCCUUCUCGUUUUCACCCUCCACAAACACCGGUAUAGGAGGCGCCGCAGCUGCACCAGGCGCCCUUGGUUUUGGCGCGCGUCCAGCGACAACGACGGCUCCUCCUCCGGCCUUUGGAACAGCCACCGCCACCACAGCGUUUGGAGCAGCACCGGCAGCCACUCCGGCUUUUGGAGCAGCAACAGCAGCCACUCCUGCCUUCGGAGCAGCUCCAACUGCCACACCUGCUUUUGGAGCAGCGCCAGCUGCGACUCCAGCGUUUGGAGCGGCACCAACCGCCACUCCGGCUUUUGGGGCAGUAGCGGGCGCCACUAGCGCUUUUGGGGCAGCUCCUGCUGCCACCACGGGCUUUGGCGCAGCGGCCACGCAGGUGCCAACCUUUGGAGCCGCUGCACCCGCUGUGGGCACCGUUGCACCCACGUUUUCCUUCGCAACGCCGGCGACUAGUGCACCCACUACUGCACCGCCGGCUUUUGGAUUCGGGACGACAACCACGACCGCUGCAGCUGGGAUUGGCUCCUUCGCCUUUGCCAAGCCCCAAGCCACAACGGCGGCCAGUCUGAACUUCAACACCACCACGACGACGGCUACAGCGCAGCCCUUCAAUACGGGUUUGAAAUUGGGAACGACCAGUUCAACGACGGCGCUUGGAGGCGGCGGAAUCUUUGGAAAGCCCGCGGGCCAACCGGCGGCCGCUGCACCCUCGACAUUCGUGGGCCUGGGCGGCAUCGACGUAAGCGCCACGCAGCCCAAGUUGGGGGACAAUAAGCAGGAUGGCAUCAAGAUCAAGGAGACCCAAGUACCCGACGAGAUUGUCAAGACCGUGGAUGCCCUGAAGGUGUACAUCAAGCAGCAGAAGACAACCUCCUCGGACAUCAGCCGAACUUCCACCUCCAAGUUCAGCAACGUAAGCCACGAAAUCAACAACCUGAGGUGGGCGCUGCAGAACAUGUCCAAUUCGGUGGAGAGUAACAAUCAGCAGAUCGGGCUGUUGCGCCAGGAAACAUCCAAGGCCAUUCAGUCGCUGGAGAUGGCGCAGCGUACGCAGGACACGCCUGCCGGUCUGCAGUUCGAGCACAGUGCUCCGUUCCAGUACUUCCAGUGCCUGGUGGCCAAGUACGAGCAGGAUUUGAUAGCGUUGCGGCAGAAGAUUGCCCACACCGAGAGCCUCAUGCACGCCCUUUCCAACCCGCAGAGCAUUUCCCCGACGGAUAUGAUGCGCUGCUUCCGCCAGCUGAGCGAGAGCUUCAUGUCGCUGGCCGGGCGACUGCAUGAAGUGCACCAGCGUGUGGAGGAGCAGAAGGAACACUACCUGAACCUGCGCCGCUACAGAUUGAGGGACGCCACAAACGUCUUUGAGCGGAUUGACAACCCUCCUCUGCCGUCGGUGGAGCCCCAGCGGAUCAGCAGCGGCCCGACGCCCUUCUCCAAUAUCACGGCCAUCAGCAGCCUGAACAAAUCGUAUACGUCGGCGGCGGCGGCCAACUCUGCCAGCAAUGCGGCAGCCAAGUGAGAUUGAAUUGUUAGCAUGUUUCAAAUAAAUCGUUAUGUACCAGAGA